AUGCGUCACGAAGUUUUUAUCAAACAUCCAAAUGUGUGUCGUAAAAAUCCUACAAAUAAACGAAAUGUACAUGCAUUUGAUAUGACACAAUAUCGUUCUGUAAGAGCAGGUGACAAAAUUAUACCAGUCCAUGAAAUAUCACCAUUUAAAAAUGAUAAAUCAAGUAAUAUCAACAUACGACCUUCUCAAACACGGAGUGUUAAACGUGACCGUCGUUCUGAUACUCUCGUACCGCCUGUUAUCAACAAUUUCUGUUGUCCAAUCUGUAAACGUAAAUUUUGUGAAAAAGCUUAUGAUCGUCAUGUAACAUUUUGUACAAGUAAAAUAAAAAAAAUUCAACAACCACCAUCCGAAGAAAUUCUUCUUGCUCGACUUCGACUCACUCGACGUAUUAAAUUCAGUUCAAAUCAAUUUUCUUUAACAUCUUCUAAAACUUCAUCAUUUAUCCCUAAAUCUAUUUCAACAUCUCUAAUUAACAAACAAUCAAUAAAAUCAAAAAACAUGAUUUCUACCUAA